GACAGCUGUGGCGAGGAGAUGGCUGUCAAAGAGUUCAGCGUUUUUUCCUUCAUUCUAGCUGCCUGGUCGCAGGUGUUUGAGAGCAUGAUGCAAGGCAGUUUCCACGAGGGGAAGACUGGGUCGGUGGUGAUCCGCGACUUUUCUGCCGCUGGGGUUGAGUGCUUCCUUCGCUUCUUGUAUUCUGGUGUGAUAGAGGCCCCGCUGGUUACUAUCAUGGAGGUGGGAGCUAUUGCGGACAAGUAUGGGGUCGACCAGCUGCAGGAGCUGUGCGUGAAGGCCGUGCGGCAUGGCCUCACCGCGGAAAAUGCCUGCGAGCUUUUCGGACAGGCACACCAACUCCACCUACAUGAGCUGCGAGAAAUCUGCAUGGAACAAAUAUUGGUCAUGCCUCAAAAGGCCCUGCAGAAGCGUCCUUCGCUGAGUCUGCAUCUGCUCGACGAGAUCUUUGGGUCGCCCCUCAUGUGCAUGGGCGACGGAAUGAUACUAGAGCUAUUGCUUGGCUGGACUGAUUCGGACGCGGAGGCCGUGCUGCUUCUGUUGAACAAGCAUGUGACACCGGGCCAUAUUCCGAAACAUUUCAUGUCAACUCUUCAGCCCAAAUUUCUGAACAUGCUUGACAGAGUGACGAAUGAUGACGCAAAAGCAGAAGUGGAGCGGCAUUUCGCUCUAGAGAACUGUUUCGCACGAAAAUCUAAAGACACGCUCGCAGCCCUGCACAAACAGGUCGAGGAGCAAUAUGGCCCUGGUGCAGGGUUCGCUGGGUAUUGCGUGAGCGUUGCUGUAAGCCACCCCUCGGUCUUGCGUCGCAACAGGCUUCAAGAUCUGGCCAGCUUGAGGCCUAUGUCCGAGCUGCUGCUGCAAGAAGGCGACUGGGUAAGCUGGACGUUGCUCCGGCAUUCUAUGCUUCCCAUCGGCUUCAGGCUCCAAGCGGAGUUCGUGCCGUCCUGCCGAGUUCAAGUACACGGUCUUCACAACUCAGGCGCACAUCUGCUUCUUGACACAGAGCGUCACGGACCGCUAAAAGCAGGGCACAUGGUUUACUGUCGUGGCUUGGAGUGGAUCCGAUGCUUCCGAAUCACGGUGCUGGCAGGACAACUUGAUCCAAGCGAAAUCUCAAUCGGCAGUUUGUUGAAGGAGGAGAGCUCUGAAACCAUCGAUGGCAAGAGGAGGAGGACACAGUAG